AUGGCUGCAAACCAACCCCUGAACGAUACCGUAGUGAUCGGUAUUGACUUUGGGACUACCUUCUCUGGCGUCUCAUGGGCACACUCGAGAGAGCCUGAUGACAUUGAAAUCGUCACAUGUUGGGACUCAGAGCUCAACCACUGUUCAGACGUUGAGAAGGCACCCACUCAAUUGUAUUUCGAUGCGGAUGGCCACGACAUCAAAUGGGGCUACGGCAUCCCUCUCGACAAGGAACCACUCAAGUGGUUCAAGCUACUACUUCUUGACAGCAUUGACCUCCCUACCGAGAUGGCCAUUUCAACUCAGAUACAGGAAGCCCGUCGUCUCCAGCGUAGAGCAGAAAAGGGAUCUAUCGCAAUCAUCGCAUUAUUUCUGCGUAAGCUAUGGGAUCAUUCUGUCGAAUCCAUCAGACGUGCCAUAGGUGCGGACUUGCUCGAGCGAUCCAAGUUUCAGGUUGUCAUCACCCUGCCUGCUAUUUGGCCACCGUAUGCACAAAACAGAAUGAAGCAAGCCGCUCAGCAGUCUGGUAUCUUGGAUGAGCGGCCUGCUGGUACUACUUUGCUUCAAUUCAUUUCAGAGCCUGAAGCUGCUGCCCUUGCUGCUAUCAAAGACAUGGGCAAACGAUCAACCAUCGAGACUGGCGACACCGUUGUUGUCUGUGAUGCUGGAGGUGGCACGGUUGAUCUUAUUAGUUAUGUCUUCCAAUCGACCGACCCAUUUGUUGUGAAAGAAUGUGUCAGGGGUGAUGGUGAUCUCUGUGGCGGAGUGUUUCUUGAUGAAGGUUUCAUGCAACUUGUCAAGGAGAAAACACCCGCCGUCUCUUGGUGGUUGGUCAACAGGCUUGAGGAAAAGCAGUUCCUCAAUGACGAAUGGGAGCACGGUAUCAAACCCCAGUUCGAGAACCAAAAGCGGACAUGGCCAGUUUACCUGCCUGACAGCUGCAGAAGCAAUACAUUUAGUAGCGGAUUGAAGCGCCGCGAGACACUUGAAUUUUCCUCUGAUGAAAUUCUGUCCGCAUUUUUUCCUAUUGCUGCCAAAAUCGAGGACUUGGUGCGCCUUCAGGUCGACGCUAUUGAGGACAAAUAUCACAAGGCACCGAAGUACAUCAUCCUCGUGGGAGGUUUUGGCCGCAGCCGCUAUCUGUUUAAUCGUCUUCGGGAACGAUUCCAAUCCACCAUCCUGCAGUCAAAUGGAAGUAAGCCAUGGACUGCUAUCUGUCGUGGAGCUGUUGUCCGAGGGCUCCUGCGGCACAAUCCUUCAUCCGGCCUCGGGAUGGUUGUUGAAUCACGGAUCGCUCGCAUGAGUUAUGGCAUCCGGCAUCGUUCACGCUUCGUUCAUGGAAAGCACAAGAAGAGGGACCGUGUCUGGUGCAGCAAGGAAAACAGCUGGAAGGCCGGCAACCAAAUGCAAUGGUUUCUCACAGAAGGCGAUGAUAUUUCGGAGAAGAGGUCGGUUCAUCACGAAUAUAAAAGCCUGGAAGAAGACUCCGUAGUUGAGGUGUCUACUACGGUCUACUGUACUACGACUUUCCCGCCUCCUAAACGGUACGACAGCACCAAUACAAUUCGAUCAUUGUGCAACAUUUCAUGGAACCGGAAGAUCCACACCAAGUAUCUUCCCAAAUUCAUUAAUAACGAGGGUAAAAGCUUCCCACAGCUUUGUUACCAGGUCAAAAUGGAUUGUAAAGAUGGAAUCAUAAAUUUCUCUGUCUACUUCAAAGGACGAAAGGUUGCUGGGCGAGAGGUUGAUGUUCAGUUUAUCUGA